ACGUUUAAAAAAUGAACAUCUAAAUAUGACAGUAAUCAGAGUACUGUCUGCGGUAACGCGUUACCCAGGUUGGAGGUACAGCGGCUGUGCGUGUGCUCCGGAGUCUCCAUAAAAAGUUGUUGCGCACGGAGCCGAGCUGUCAGACUGAGGAGAGACGCGGAGGAGAAGACCGCAGACUGCAGACUAGAGAAGAAGUGAUUGAUCCGGAUCGAUCCCACUUUGGAGAAAUUAUUAUAUAUAUAUUCAUUUUUGAGUGUGCGGUGUUGAUCCUCAGGGUGACUGUGAGCUCACCAGCACAUUAAAGCUGCUUGUUUGUGGACUAUAACGGAAUAAAGAGAGAGGAGGAGAGAGGGGAGGUGGAUGUGGAUGCGGGAGGAUGAGAUGCUCCACCACGCUGCAGGAAUAAAGAAGAAUCGUGUCUGAUUCUGACAACAGCUGUUUGAUUUCAUCCAGUGGAGGGAAAAAAAAAAAAUAGGAGAGGCACCACUCCCUGGUUUUUCCAGGACGCAAAUGUGUCCAGAUCACAGGAACACCACUGGAUUGUAGCAGCAGCAGCAGCAGAUGGUUUGAGAGGGCGUUAAAGGUGUGUGAGGAGGGAGUGGGACAACUACAGGAUGAGUGAGCGAUACACGCAGAUCGGAAGUAAAGGGGCUCUACUUGUAAUGGUGCUUGUGAUCAGUGUCUGGGAGAUGACCGUACCGACAGAAGGAGCAACAGCAGCGCACCAUGUCCCGACGGGCACCUGCGAGGUGGUGGCGUUGCAUCGCUGCUGCAACAAGAACAAAAUCGAGGAGCGGUCGCAAACGGUGAAGUGCUCCUGCUUUCCCGGGCAAGUGGCCGGCACCACCAGAGCCGCCCCGUCCUGCGUAGAUGCCUCGAUAGUGGAGCAGAAGUGGUGGUGUCAGAUGCAUCCGUGCCUUGACGGAGAGGAAUGCAAAAAUCUCCCUGAUCAGAAGGGUUGGAGCUGCGCUACGGGGAACAAGAUCAAAACUACUAAGAUUUCUGCGGACAAAGAGCAGCUUUGGUAACGUCGGAUGCCUCGCAGCAGAGUCCAGGUGAACCAACAGUUCUUUGUCGGAUCAUCAACAGAGAAGUAACGCAAAGGACCUUUCUGUAAAUAGAGACUUCCUUUCUUCUGGACUGCAAUUAAUCUUUGGAAAAAUGCUGAUUUGAAUGCUUCUUCUUGAACUCUACGGACAUCGAGCACUGAUCAUUCAGCACUCCUUUUUGGAAAGGACUCCAUAUGAUUAGCCUUACCGGACUACAGGAUUUUAUCCUCUUGACAUUGUACUGCUUGUAGUGGAAUACAACAGUGAACUUGUGUUCAUUUCUAGAGUAAUAUGUCCUUCGCGGGAGGAUUUGCAUCACAAGUUGGACCGGGGUGAGGCAGCAGGUUUGUUGUAAGCAUCGCAAAUAUUCAAUACAGAAAAAUGUGAUUUUGUUUUAUCGGUCGACUGUGGCUUUCUUCUCUAACAACGUGUAGUUUCAAAAGGUUCAGAUGAGAAUAUGUAGCUGAGCAGCAGAUAUUCAGGGUGAUUUUCAAAGAAGAACUACCACAUUCAUCAUUGUAUUGUUAACACUGUGUGCCACACACAACACAGAAAGAAACUCAUUCUACUACACAUUAUGAGGACUGCUGAACUGAACUAAAAGGGUAUAAGCUGAUCAAACCUACAAGCUGUUAACAGACAGAAAGUUGGAUCCAGUCAGUGGUUUAUUUUUUCCUUUUUGAAAAUCACUCUGCCAUUUCCUGCCGCAUCUGCCAGAUUUUUUGUUUUUUGUCUCACAGCUCUGGAGUUCAGAUUCUCAAAAGCAGCAGCGGUGUAAAUUAAACACACAGCAUCUGGUCGCUGGCUGCGUUAAUGACAACGACGUUCCCAAAACUGUUUGACUAGUUACUCAAGUAUCGCUGACACUUCCUUUGUUUGUGUAAGUGAUGACAUCAGUAAUAAACUAUGGUUGUGUAACUAAA